AUGAGUGGAGAGAGUGAGAGAUUCUUGCAGAAAGCUAUACAAGAACAAGGAAGAGGGAGGGUCUUGGACACCAUCAACGAGAUCCAAGAAAGGCAUGACGCGGUGAAAGACAUAGAGAAGAACCUAAGGGAGCUUCACCAAGUGUUUCUAGACAUGGCGGUGCUGGUAGAGCACCAGGGAGGUCAGCUCGAUGACAUCGAGAGCCACGUGGGCCGAGCUAGCUCCUUUAUCAGAGGCGGAACCGAGCAGCUACAAACCGCUCGGGUUUACCAGAAGAACACCCGUAAAUGGACAUGUUACGCCAUUAUCAUUCUCAUCGCCAUCAUAAUUAUUGUGGUUCUUGUUGUUGUUAAACCAUGGGAGAACAAAGGAGGCGGUGGCGGCGGCGGGGGUGGUGGUGGAGGCAAUCAGCCAAAUGCAGGUCAGCCACCGAGUCCUCCUCAGGCAAGGCGCCUAUUGCGUUGA